ACGCAUUUAUCACUGGUACUCACCACCAGACUGUGUUCUAGUCUUCUCACACACCCAACGCAUCAUGGACGUUUCACUCGAGAAUCUUUCAUCAUCCCAGAAGGAUGAGCUGAUGAGCACAAUCAAGCAGAAGAUUGCGAUAGCGAACGCUCAAGAGCUUGUUACCAAAAUGACGGAAAAAUGUUUCAAAAAAUGUGUCGGCAAGCCUGGCCAAGACUUGGACGGAUCGGAACAGAAAUGUAUCGCUAUGUGUAUGGACAGGUUUAUGGACUCUUGGAAUGUGGUUUCGAGAGCAUUAACUCAGCGCCUACAGCAGGAACAGUACAAAGGAUAAUGCAUAUUACUACAAUUGAAACGUCACGGUUCUAAUGUUAUAGUGUAAUCUACUUUUUAGCCAUUGAAAACAGCUUUGUUUACAUAGUUUUCUUCUGCUCUAAGCCACACAUACACACACCUACACGAUAGUGGGAUUAUGUUUGAGUUCACAUAUUAGAAAAUAAAUCAUCCUGGUAUCGUAUGUUUC